GAAGGCUCAACUAAAAUAUAUUUGUCGGCGCAUGCGUGCUACGCCACACAGUCUCUCUUAAGGGAGGGGGUAGAAUGGUUCGCGAUUCGGAAGGUACCGCACGCCUUCACGAACAACCCCUUCGAUCGUAGUGCAAAAAAAUGCAGUGAAGUGACAUUUCAGAAAAAUAAUAAAAAAAAUGUGUUUAUUAUAUUAAAGUGCUGUGAAAACAAUUUUCGAGGAAAAAUUUAAGUGCUUUUCAGUGAUGUGUUAGUAUUUUACGGUGCGGAACCCACGACAGCAAUGUCGGUGGAGGGCCAACGGUGCCUGUUUGUCGUGGUGCUGCUCAUACACACUGUCACAGGCGCUGGUGAAGGCUCAUCAUCACCUCCUCCCCUAUCGUCAGUGAAGCCACCAGGAGACCAGAACGAGCUGACGGUGACCUUCCCUCCUCUAGACGACUUAUACGGCAACAGCCCUGAGAAACACUUCGGUACUGAGAAUAAUACGGUGGUGACAUCACAAACUGGGUCCACUGCGCUCCUGCCGUGUGUCAUCAGGAAUAUUGGAGAUGGAAUUGUAUCUUGGAUAAGAAGAAAAGACUACCACUUACUGACAGUCGGACUGACAACAUACAGUUCUGACCAGCGGUUUCAAGCUAUACAUUUACAACAUUCUGAGGACUGGACGUUAAAAGUAAGAUUCGUUCAGAAACGGGACGCUGGCAUCUACGAGUGUCAAGUGUCCUCCCAUCCCCCAACAAGCAUCUUUCUCAAACUCGACGUCGUAGAGGCGAGAGCACAGAUCUCCGGGCCGACUGAGAAAUAUUUAAAGCCAGGGUCCACUCUGCGACUGCAGUGCUCCGUCGUACAGACAACAGAGGCACCAGCGUUCGUAUUCUGGUAUCACAACAGCAGAAUGAUCAACUACGACGCUGAACGAGGCAUCAACGUCACGACUGACCCCGUGCAGCGUCUGUCAGACCUCCUCAUCCCGGCAGCCAGCGUGUCCCACGCCGGGAACUACACCUGUGUGCCCAACAACGCCGUUCCUGCUAGUAUAUACGUCCAUAUUUUUAAUGGGGAGAACCCAGCUGCCAUGCAAUCGUCUUCACCGACCUUCUUCAAUCAACUCCACAGCAUCUUAUUACCGGCUUUCAUCAGUCUAAACCUGAUACGGUGACAAUUUCACUAGCUAUCUAACCAAAAUGUACCCUAUUCGUAAUAGCAAAGUGUUUAUUUUAGCGUGGAGCGAAAUUUUGUAGUAAGCAUCUGGUGUCAAAUAUAUUUAAGGGUUGUUAGGAAUAUGAGUGGCGUAGACGUGUUUUGGUUAACUGGUUUUAGUGAGUUUGUUAUUUUCACUUUUUAAACAAAAUAAACAAUCACCUAUUUUUUUGUAUUUAUUUAUUUUAAUUCGGAUUAUAUAUAUAAGAACAAUGGCUAACUUAUUGACAGACAUACCUUAAAAGUCAAUCAGUCAGAGAAAGAAGCAAUAGUUGUGUAAUUAUAAAAGGCAAUCAAUUAAAAAAAAUAAGUACUUAUUUUUGUUAUCAUACCAAUAGUUUAAAUGAAAUGGUAGACGAAAAUGAAUUGGAGCUUUCCAAUCAGUCGAAAUAUUCACAAAUAAAAACCAAACCAUUGCAUCAAAUAGAACACAAAAACUAAUGAACACACAUAACAAAACUGAAACAGCAUUCGAAUAAAAAAGGAAAUGAACAGUAGAGAGAAAUUGAAACAAAGACCUAGAACAGAAUCUAAAACAAGGCUGGAAAAAAAUAACUAGUAACCAAUACGCAGAUUUUCAUACGCCAUUAGAUACAAGGGUAGUGAACAAACGACCUAUUUCCCUCGACUGGUUUCCAUCGAUACGCAUGGAGCAUAAGCCCAUACAGACUAGAAUGGAAUGGGGAUAGGUUUUGCAAGAAUUUGUAGACGGGAAAAAUCUGGACUUGAAAAAGUUGUGGAUUUCGGAAAGGAAAUUUGGAGGGUAUUGUUUUUGAAUGACAGUGGUAUAAAAUAAGGUUGUAUUCAUAAUUUAGUGAGUGGCUUAGGUACCGAUAAUUGAUUUAUAUGUUUUUUUUUAAAAGGGGAAAACUUUCGACUGAUUUAUAUUUUACCACAUUUUUUAUGCUACUGUAGUUUAUUUUUCAUAUAUUUUGGUUCCAUCGUUUCAUCGUUUAUACGUGUACAGGUUUGUUGACAACAAGACUUAUCAAGACAGAAAGUCUUCCCAAUUUAUCAAAUAACGAAGAAAUAAAUCAAAAUUUUCGAUCAGAACAAACUCGAAACGGCCAACUUCUAAGCUGCGUCAAUCAGAUGAUCAAUUUAUUUGAGGAACGUGACAAAAAUAACCGACCGACGCGAAGUACAGGUCGUUCCAUCUUUCAUUGUUAUCGUAGCGUAAAACCUUUGUAGCAAGACAAUAGACGAAUGACGCCUAGCGCGGGUAUAAAGACGGCCCGAGAGUGGAAAGAAAUGGCCUAAUUAAAACAUCUACAGAGACCUUCGAGACUGAAAAUAGAAUAUCAUUUUAGUACAUAAUCUUUAACAGCACAGCAUGCCUACCCGUAAGUAACUUUAAUAGGACCUUCGAGUAAUUCGCCGAAAAUCGUAACAAUUAGAAUCCUAAUUAUUUGAAACGACUUUUGACGGUAUGGGCCUGGACGAAGAUCGGUCCCGUUUUAAUGUUCUUCCACUUGGUAUAAAGAUUAAAUUCUAUGAAUCGAAAGUUAAGGGCGAGGAAAUAGAUGGUCGGAAUGUGAAAGGUUUCGAAAUUGUCAAAUUAAAUUGGAAUCGAGAGUAUCUUUUGGCAAGCGUAUUUCGAUUUCGGGCCGCGUAUCUUUACUUCAGAGAUACAAUCGUUGCUUAUUUCAAAAUGGCAUUUCAUGUUGCUCUUCGAAGAAGGUAUUUAAAGCAAAAUUCGAUCUUGGUUUUUGGAUAGCUUCAGUAAUUCAAUCAAGAGCUAUCAGAUAAUCUGUUUCAUUUUUAAGAUAUAUUUGAUCUUGAAAUGCAUCUGUAAAUGAAAAUGUUACAUCUAAAUCUUCUUUUAGUUCAACUUUUUUAAAGAAUUCAUAUUGUUUUUUAUUUAGAAUUUUAUAUUAAAUUCUAUGUGUAAAGUUUUCAGUGUUCAUUUUGUUACAUGUUCAAUAUGUUAGUAUCAAAAUUCAGAAAACAUUUUGUUAUUAAAAACCUACUGAAGGCUUUUGACGUACAAUGAUUGAAUAUAUUUUAUUAAAAAUAUUCAACUUU